AUGGCACUAACUGAAUUCUUUCCUCCAGUCGGUUGCAGAGAUGGGGUUCCCAGCUUGGUCUAUGUGACUGGGGAUACUAUAAAGGUCAACCACUCGAAGACGUCUUUAGUCACGGGAUCCAGUAAUCGGUUCAAAGAAUGUAGGUACAGAUCUAUAGCCAAGAAACCAGGUACUGACUUCGACACUGUUGUUCUCUAUAACAGCACCUGGUUUAACGAUUCGAUAAACCUCAGAGACAACGACGAUAACUUAGUCGUAGAGUGUUAUGGCAGCGACAACUCUAUUCUCUCAAGGUCCUAUCAUAGUUUGAUUCGUGUGAAGAAAGAUCUGGAGAUGAAAUUAAAGAAACGACUUCAGAAGCAUAUUGCCAAGAACUCACCUGCAGAGAUUUUCAACGUUCUCAUGAUUGGCAUUGAGGGGAACUCUAAACAGAAUCUGCAAAGACACAUGCCUAAAACUCGAAACUAUCUCUUGAAGGUUCUAAAUGCUAUAGAACUAAAAAAAUAUAACAAAAUAGGAGACCAUACGUAUCCAAACGUCAUCCCUAUUCUCACUGGAAAAACAGAAGAAGAGUUUCUACACCAAAACUGGAACUGGUCAGGGUUGUUUGAUGACAUUAAUCAUCAGUUUGUGUGGAGUGAUUUAAGCAACGCAGGAUACCGGACCGGUCUCUUUCUGGACACUACAAAUAAAACGGCUUUCCACUUUUUUAAACGCGCCUGGGAUAAGCCCCCUGUGGAUUAUUAUUACCGAGCUACAUUACUCGAUCUGGAACGUGAUCCACUCGUGAGAUACAAAGUUCCCAAUUGUGUUGGCGACACUCCUGAAGUUACCUAUAACUUUAAUUUCUGGACUCAGAUGGCUUCUACCUUCACCAACCCGAAGACACAUCCAUAUUUUGGAUACAGUUUCUACAACCACCUAACCCAUAGUAACUCGAACGGCGCCAGCGCCGGCGACGACCUCUAUCUGCGCAUCUUCUUAGAGCUAAAGCAGAGGAAUAUAAUAAACAACACUAUCGUCAUUUUCUUCAGCGAUCACGGGGCAAGAGUCGGCAAAAUUAGACACACCUACAACGGAGUGAUAGAAUCUAUGAUGCCUCACGUGUUUCUGAUUCUUCCACCCUGGUUCCGUCGGAAAUAUCCAGACGUCUAUAGAGUGCUGGAAUUGAACCAAGAGCGUCUGACCACGAACAAAGACUUGUACAUGACACUUCAGGUUGUUCUCAACUUUCAGGGCAAGCCUGGGAUUGGCAACAUCAAACAAAAAGGGAUAAGUUUAUUCAACGAAAUCCCACGUGAGAGGACAUGUGACGAUGCUGGGAUACCCUUUGAGUUCUGUGUCUGUAACAAGCUGGUGAAAGCAAAUGUCAGUGCAGAUUUGACAGUCAGCUUAGCAACAGAAGUUACCAAUAGGUUAUGGUAUUAUUACGAUAGACAUGUCAAUAUCUGUAACCGUCUUACGUUAAAAUAUGUACACAGUGUCUGGGAAAUACACCUUGACCAUGAAGAGAACACCAGAGGAAAGUCUAUGUACCAGAUUAUAAUAUCAACCACCCCGAACGAUGCUCUCUAUGAGGCUAAACUGGUCUUUGACAACAGUACCAAAAUUAUUACGGUGGUCGGCGAUGUUAUUCGCCUGAACAUGUACAGAGGUCAGGACAAUUGUAUGAACAACCCAAAGUUAAAACCUUUCUGCCACUGUCGUGGCUAA